UUUUGCUGUCCCAGCUGUUUGUCCUACCAGUAUAUUGAAAAUUUAAACAAAAAAAAAGUAGUAUAAAAUACAAAAGAUAAAAAUUACUAGCAAUGAAACCCGCUGAAAACUUUGUGUGCGAAAUACUGAAUGACGUCAACUAUAACUUCUGUGUAGGCAACAAGCGGGAGUGCAAUUCCAGUGUUAAUAAACGCACGUUUCGUUUGCUGCCUGUAGAGCCCAAAGAUGUCGCGUCCAAAGGCAGUGAACCAACAAACAGUUAUCGACGAUAUUUUAAGGCAGAUCAUAAAAGGCUCAGCGCUAAUGGCGCGUUGCGAAUCGAUGACCUGGCUGCUAGCCCAAGGCCAGCUACCCAUAUGGAGCCGUCGACUAGCGCACAACAUGGCGGGCAUAAUGCGUCAGGAAGUCACUAACAAGUGGUACAACUUUGAUGUGGAAAUAAGCGAACAUCUAUGGUCACUCUGGGGCGGCGUGCAUCCCAAAGCGAAUUGGUUUGAUAGUCAGGUGCGCGGACAACAGAAGCUCGGCUGCUGUGUUGUAGCCUGUUGUGCGGCCAGCGUCUUCGCCAGAUUGAGCGAUUGGAGCGAAAAGCUGCUCGACGCAAUUGUAACCAAUGGCGAUAAGUACUACAGAGAUAGCAUAGCGCAUACGCAGCAUUGGGAUAUAGAUUUGGGACAGGACGAUUUACCGAUGGAAUGCGAUUUCGAGGAUAUGCGCUUUCUAGUGCAGCUACAACUUAUGACCAAGGGUCGUAUCUACAAUUCACCUGCUCAGAAGGAAAUGAAUCUAAGCGAGGCUUUGGCUUACUUCUUUACGCGUUAUCAAUGGGGCAUACUAGUGUGUGAUGAUCGUCAUUUAGCCUUCGGUUAUACCAGCAGUUUGGAUGGCGGUUAUUUUCUCUACGACUGCAGCGAAUGGGAUAAACCCAUUUUUCCGGAUAAUAUGGGUGCCUCCUAUGUGCUGCGUGCCAAGGAAUUGUUAUUGCUCAUCUAUUGCAUUAUUAUUACGCUAAAUGUUCGUGAGAAAAAUGUAGAAUUUCGUCUCUACAGCGUGGACUUAAUGCGUAUGACAGUUAACAGCAAUGAUAGUCAACAGUCGUUGCAAGCAGUGGAAAGAAAAGAAUAAAGUCAAAGAAAAAUGAGCGAACAAGUAACAAAUAAA